GAGGAAAGAGCAGCGAUGAAAUCCGUGGACUGUGUGCACGUCAUCCAACAGAAGGAUACCGCCUCCUCUCCCUCUGCCCCCCCUGGUGCUGCUUCAGGCACCACGGGACUUUUUUCUGUCACAUUCCUGUGGCUUGCAAUGCUCCUGUCCUCUUGUCUUGCAGCAGUGUCUCUUUACCAUGUUCUCACCCUGAAAACAGAGCUAGAAGCUCUGCGCCACGAGCUGAUCUACAGGGUCCAGGCAAGGUCUCCACUAGAGCGGCGAGCCGUCUCCCCUGAUGACGAGAAAGCAGGUGCCCCUGUUUCUUCCUUCCUGCAAGCCUCUGCAGCUGGUGCCAGGCAGGAGAACGAGCUUCCUGGCCCUAGCCCAGCUGAAAGUUUCCAAAAGGAAAUCUCGAACGGGAGCAGAAACAGGGGGAGAAGGUCUGCCGUCCACACAGAAGAAACAGUGCUACAGGCCUGCUUGCAACUCAUCGCUGACAGCAAAAGUGAUAUCCAACAGAAAGAUGAUUCAAGCAUUGUCCCUUGGCUUCUGAGCUUUAAACGUGGAACAGCUCUGGAAGAACAUGGAAAUAAAAUAGUGAUCAAAGAAACAGGAUAUUUUUUCAUAUAUGGCCAGGUUUUAUAUACAGAUACAACAUUUGCUAUGGGACAUCUAAUACAGAGGAAGAAGGCCCACGUGUUUGGUGAUGAUCUGAGCUUGGUGACAUUAUUUCGCUGCAUCCAAAAUAUGCCACAGUCUUAUCCGAAUAAUUCUUGCUAUACCGCUGGCAUUGCAAAAUUAGAAGAAGGGGACGAACUUCAACUUACAAUACCACGAAGACGAGCCAAAAUAUCCUUGGAUGGCGAUGGUACUUUUUUUGGUGCAGUCAGACUCUUCUGAAAUCCUUUGAUUCUGUUGUUAUGCUUAGUGCAGUUUUCUUCUUUUCCAAUGCAUUUGUCAGGAAAAAAAAAAUGAAUUUUAAUAAAGCUGCCAAUUCAGUCUCUCUCCCACACCACCAGCUUCUGAAACCUUUUCUUCAGUUUAAUAAGUGAACCCAAAACAGGAAACACACCAGACGUACUUGUGAGAUAAAAAAUAUCAUGUGAUUACCAGAAAGCCAAUUUAUUUUAGACAAUGGGAGACUCUAAACAACAGCUGUAAAGAUAUGGCUUUUGGCUUUGAAGUAAUUUCUUGUCCAUGAAACAAAUCAAAGAAGAGUUGACCACAAAGUAUAGCAUGAGCAGGACCAUUUUAUUAUCCAGAAAUGGAAAACUAAAACACAAGUGCAUUUUAAUUUUGUUCCAUC